GGCGCUAAAGCGAGGCUGGGAGAGAAGCUUCGUACUCGGCGGUGACGAGGAGCUGGCCCGACUAACCGGAGACCAGUUGAUUUCUCAAGAAGUGAUUUUAGUUCCUGGAAAAAACACUGGUGUGAUGGCUGCAGUAGCAGAACAGGAAAGUGAAACCCAGCUGUGCAGCAACUGCAAAAAGGACAUUCCUGUGGCGAACUUCACCAUCCAUGAGAUCCACUGCAGCAGGAACAUUGGGGUAUGCCAUUUCUGCCAGGAGUCCGUCCCUAAGUCGGAAAUGAAGAACCACAUGGAGCUGGAGCACACCCAGGUUAGCUGUAAAUGCAGCAUGAAGAUGGAAAGAGGAGACUUACCAGAGCAUCUGGCCUCAGCGUGCCCUUUGCGGCCUGUCGUUUGCCAACACUGUGAGCUAGAGCUCGCAUUCAACAAGCUGAAGGACCACAUGGAUUACUGUGGUGCCCGGACUGAGCAGUGUGUCAGAUGCCACCGGAAUGUGAUGCUGAAAGACUUGAAGGAGCACCCGGAGGACUGCGAGAAGAAGGCUGAAGGAGGCCAGAGCAGGCUGCCCAAGCCCCGCUUGAACUCUGAAACGUCUUUGCAGAAUGUCCAGGUGAUCAGAAACCUCCUCCAUUCAGAUGGCUCCUUUGGGCCCCUGCCAAGGACGAACAGGCUCCCAGAGAGCAGGCUUUACAAUUGUCUCUCCGGCCAGCAGCUUCCCAAGAAUCUUCCCAGGAGAAAUGCCGAUCUUUCACAGCCAGAUGAAAAUCAAGGCCACUUGGAGAAGACUGCCAACACCUUAGCCUUCGUUGACAGAGGACCUGACUGCCAGUUAGAUUACCUCUUGGCUCUUAGCUUGCAGCGUGACAACUCCCUCCGUGACUGCAGUGCUGCAGAGCUCCAGAGAGAAUUCUGGAAGAACAUUUGUCCCCCGAGAACGAGAGCCGCAGGCAACUCCCUCGAAACUAGCAACUUCGGUAUCUUCUCUCAGGACUUCUUGGGAUCCAUGAACCCUUCCAACAAGUCAAAGACUGAAACUAUGCUGCCCUGUGAAUUCUGUGAGGAGCUGUACCCUGAGGAAGAUCUAAUCCUGCAUCAGACGGGAUGCAGCCCAGCAAGUGCUUUGGCUUCCUUCAGCAAGAGGAGCGCCUCCCUCCCUCAGCAAGGUCAGCCCGAGAGUCUUACGGACUUGUGGGAGCAGCAACAGAGGGAUCCACCUGGUGGCAGAGAGAGAUUCCCUCUCCAGUCUGACAGUGGGGAGAGCAUCAUGAUCCCUUGCGAGUUCUGUGGAGUCCAGCUGGAAGAAGAGAUCCUCUUCCACCACCAGGACCAGUGCGACUUGCGUCCAGCUACAGCCUCCUCCACGGGAAGGUCCCCGCCCCAGCCAGGGGCUCCAGCCGUAGGAGACUUGGAGAGAACAGAGUUGCUGGACCUGCCUAGAAGACGAGUCCGCCAUCAAGGGGAAAUCUCGCCACAGUACAUGGAGGAGUUCACGCAGCAGAGGCCCCCCCAGCCUAUUCGAGGACGCCCCUCUUGGGGCAACCCAGCAGCUGCCAGGCGCGUCCAGCUGAAUUCUUCAAACAGGAGAGAGACUGAAAUUGGGCGUUCGGAGCAAGGGAAGGGCAAAAACCAGGGAGAUGGUGGCACAGGAGAGAGAGCACAGCAGUACUGGGGCCCGAGUGCAAGGGUAGCAGAAGUCCAAGACCCUGUGCCAGCAAGGCGUUCUGCCCACAACUUUCCUCCCAGCAGUUACAUGCCAAGCUUACCUGUUACAGAUCCAACUCGACCCAGGCUGAGAUGUGACGGUGGCACAAGCCCCCCCAGGCCUGCCCAUAGCAACAGCAGCAGCAGCAGCAAGGGCAAAACCGUGACAGACUGAAGCAGCCGAUCCCGACAAAGAAGAAUAGGGGGGCUUUGUCAGGCCAAGUUAGGGGGCCGCCACCUGUAUUUAUUAUAGCACAAAAGAUUUUUGCAACAGUACUGGUUUUAACGCAGGCAGUCACUUUGGAGGUAGGUUCCUACCACAGCUGCAGGGCAGAGAUGUGGCAGCAGGAGACUCCAACUCCAGUUCACGUUUUCUUUUUAAAGCGUGCAGUGUGUACACGUGCUGGGCUGGGGCAGGGUGGGCAGACUAUCCCAGCGUAGUCGCUUAACGAUAGUACAGCUUUAAUGUGUCUUGGGUGGCCUGCUUGGAAGUCUGUGGCCUUAAAGACCCUUCGGCGAAUCAAACAUCCACCACUCCCAAAGCCGAGAGUUUGAUCAGCCCGGUUAGCGCUAUCGGUUCAGGAAGCAGAGGAGUCCCUGCAAGAGAGGUCACAGGGUGCCUUGCUGUGGCUUACUCCGUAGGGGGGAAGGAUCUCUCUCACACUUAGCAAAUCUGAGUUCCUAGGCAAGUCUCCGUGGCAAGUUGAGAGGAACUCGAGGAAAAGCCAUAAUCCAGGGUGGGUGGGUGGGUAUCGAUCUUGGUCUCUAAUACCGGAAGUGCCCAGUUAAAUUUCCUAAGAAUUGAGAGGGGCUUUGAUAGGAGGAUCGAUCUAUCCUCCUCCUCUCCCUGUGCUAAUUGUUCUGUUGUAGUAGAGAAUGUUCAUUUUAAAUUUCCUGUAAUAAAAGUUGGUAUUUAUCAGU